AUGGCGACGUUCGGCGGCGGUGGCGGUGCCGACUGCUCCCUGCGGUUCUGCAGCCUCUCCUGCCCGCAGUGGUGCUACAGCGGCUUAUACUUCCCUCCGCCACCGCUCUUCCCCGACGACUCCUCUUCCGCCUCUCUCUCUCCUCUGAUCAUCGCCCUCAUCGGCAUCCUCGCCAGUGCCGUCCUCCUCGUCGCCUACUACGUCGUUGUCUCCUACUUCCGCCGCCGCCGCCGCCGCCGGUCCCCCUACUUCCGCCACCAGUGGCAGGAGCACCACCAGGACCAGCACCACCACCAGCACCAGCAGGCGGCGCCGCCGCCGCCGCCUUCUUCGACGGCGGAGGGGCUGGAGGAGUGGGCGAUCCGGUCGAUUGCCGUGUGCAGGUACAAGAAAGGGGACGGGCUGGUGGUGACGACAGAGUGCCCCGUCUGCCUCGCCGAGUUCCGCGACGGCGAGAGCCUCCGUCUUCUUCCCGACUGCUUCCAUGCUUUCCACCUUCCCUGCAUUGAUCCAUGGCUGAAGGCCCACAGCAGCUGCCCCAUCUGCCGGGCCACAAUCGACUUUGCCGCCUCCCCCCCGCCGCCGCCGCCCCCGCGGCCGCCGCCGGUGGUGGCGGUGGCGGUGGCGCCGCCGGAGAGCCGGGAAGAGAGGAAGGAACCCGCCGGGGAGGUCAGAGCUUCCGCAGGGCCGUCGGCGGUGGUGGCGGUGGCGCCGCCGGAGAGCCGGGAAGAGAGGAAGGAACCCGCCGGGGAGGUCAGAGCUUCCGCAGGGCCGUCGGCGGCGAGGUCCGAAGGUUAG